CCACAAGCCACUUCCUCGUUGUUAGCAUAUUAGCAUCAAGCUAAUUACCUGCUGUCUUUGAAAGUAGUUGACUUCUGCUAUCUAAUCAGACCCUGACCGCUGUCUUCAACACAGGCGUUUCUUCGAGGAGAAAGUCUUUCACGGUCUUUGGGCAGAAAGUGUAAGCUAAAGAUGGAUGAGUGCUUUGCUGUUUUGAGUUGUUCCCGUGUACAAGUGCCGUUGUGGGUGUCAGGUCUGGUCCAGGGUUGUUGAACGGUUAAUGCACAGAGUAAAGAGACUGAAAAUCGAAGACAAAACAGAAGACGGCCAAGAAAGCGUCAGAUCAGCACUGGCAGGUAUGACGGGGGUGGACGAGCUCUCGGACAGCACGGAGGUGGUGGAGAUGGAGGACGUGAAUCCCACCCAGUUCCACGUGGAGAAGCAUACAUGGGAUGGCCUGAGGAAGAUCAUCCACAACAGCCGCAAGAACACCGGCGUGGUCAUCAACAAGGCGCCACAUGACUUCCAGUUCAUCCAGAAGGACGAGGCCAGCCCGCACUCCCACCGCAUCUAUUACCUUGGAAUGCCUUACGCCAGCAGAGAAAAUGCGUUACUCUACUCAGACAUACCCAAGAAGAUCCGCAAAGAUGCCCUCCUAGUUUUGUCAUGGAAACCAAUGCUAGAUCACUUUCAGGCUAGCCCACACCACGGGGGCUUCUCCCGGGAGGAGGAGCUACUGCGAGAGAGGAAGCGCUUGGGGGUGUCUGGCAUCACCUCUUAUGACUACCACCGACCCAGCGGCCUCUUCCUGUUCCAGGCCAACAGCAGUCUGUACUACUGCCGUGACGGUGGAAACAACAGCUUCAUUACUUCUCCCAUGAAUCCUGUAGAGAUUAAGAGCCAGAGUUCAGGCACACGCAUGGACCCCAAGAUCUGCCCUGGGGACCCCAAUGUUAUCGGCUUCAUCAAUAGCAACGACAUUUGGGUGACCAGCAUCGAGACGGGUGAAGAGAGGAGGCUCACCUUCUGCCACAAAGGUAGUGAUAACCCUAAAGAGGACCCCAGAUCUGCUGGUGUCGCCACUUUUGUCACACAGGAAGAGUUUGAUCGCUUCACUGGAUACUGGUGGUCACCAGCUGCUCGAGAAGAAUCAGAUGGUGGUAAGACUUUACAGAUUUUAUAUGAGGAGGUGGACGAGUCUGAAGUUGAGAUCAUCCAUGUCCCAUCUCCGGCUCUGGAGGAGCGUAAGACAGAUGUUUACAGAUACCCACGUGCAGGCAGCAAGAAUCCAGAUAUUACUCUCAAAAUAGCAGAAAUCAGGACAGAUAAUCUCGGCAAAAUUGUCAGCACACAAGAAAAGGAACUGCCUGUUCCCUUCACCAGCCUGUUCCCCAAUGCCGAAUACAUCACCAGAGCCGGAUGGACAAGGGAUGGCCGAUAUGCUUGGGCGGUCAUGAUGGACCGACGACAGCAGCAUCUCCAGCUGGUCCUGCUGCCUCCAGCGCUCUUCAUCCCUGCACAUCAGGACGAGACCAGCAGACGAGAGAGCCUGGAGGCCCUCGGAGACACAGUCCAUCCCUUCAUCAUCUACCAAGAGACCAGCGACAUUUGGAUCAAUGUCCAUGACAUCUUCCAUCCUUUCAUCCAAGCCAGUGAUGAUGAGAUCACCUUCAUCACAGUAAACGAGUCCAAAACAGGCUUUUGCCACCUGUAUAAGAUCACCUCAGUGUUACAGCAGGGCAGCUAUCACUGGGCCAAAGGCUACACACACUCUGAAGCAGAUGAUUUCAAGUGUCCGGUCAAAGAGGAGGUGACAAUAACCAGUGGGGAGUGGGAGGUUCUGGCCAAUCACGGAGCAAAGCGUUCGUCCAGUCCUCAGAUUUGGGUGGAUGAGACGACAAAGCUGGUUUACUUCCAGGGAACCAAAGACUCUCCUCUGGAACAUCAUCUUUAUGUGGUCAGCUACGAGACGCCGGGUGAAAUCGUCCGACUCACCAAGCCUGGAUUCUCCCACAGUUGCUCUGUGAGCCAGACCUUUGACAUGUUUGUCAGCCAUUACAGCAGCUUGACCUCCGCUCCCUGUGUGCACAUCUUUAAACUUAUGGGCUCAGACAGUGAUCCGCUGCACAAAGAGCCGCAGUUCUGGGCGAGCAUGAUGGAGCCUUCCGGUUUCCCAUUCGACUACACUCCUCCAGAAAUCUUCAGCUUCAUGGGGAAGUCAGGCUUUGAGUUGUAUGGCAUGUUGUACAAACCACACAACCUGGUCCCUGGCAGGAAGCAUCCCACUGUCGUUUUUGUUUACGGCGGUCCACAGGUGCAGUUAGUGAAUAACUCUUACAAAGGAGUGAAGUAUCUGCGGUUGAGCACUCUGGCGUCUCUGGGCUACGCUGUGCUGGUCAUUGACGGGCGGGGAUCCUGUCAGCGAGGACUCCAGUUUGAAGGAGCUGUAAAGGACAAAAUGGGUCAGGUGGAGAUUGAGGACCAGGUGGAGGGUUUGCACUACGUAGCUGACAAAUACAAGUUUGUGGACCUGAGUCGCGUUGCCAUCCACGGCUGGUCCUACGGAGGCUUCCUCUCACUCAUGGGCCUCGUCCACAAACCCGACAUCUUCAAGGUUGCCAUAGCAGGAGCUCCGGUGACGUUGUGGAUGGCCUACGACACUGGCUACACAGAGCGAUAUUUGGACACUCCUGAAAAAAACCAGAAGGGUUAUGAGGCUUGUUCCGUAGCCCUGCAUGUCAACAAACUCCCAAAUGAGCCCAACAGACUGCUGAUCCUUCAUGGGUUUCUAGAUGAGAAUGUGCACUUUUUCCACACUAAUUUCCUGGUGUCUCAACUCAUCCGGGCAGGGAAGCCAUACAACCUACAGGUUUAUCCUAAUGAGCGACACAGCAUCCGAUGUCCAGAGUCUGGAGAACAUUACGAGAUUACACUGCUGCACUUCCUCCAGCAGAACCUCUGAUAAUCUUUUCUGCACUCUGACCUUUCCUUCCUUGCUUCCUAACCCUCCUCUCCCUGUCUCCUCCUCCACAUUCCUCCAUUUAUUUAAACCUGCGUCACCUUCUCUUUCACUAUAUUUUAUUAUACGCUGAAUGCAGGCCAAGCCAAACCUCGUCACACCUCAAGAGUUGUUCGUCAGUCUUAAAGGUGCUGUAGCUUUUUAGCAUCAGUAAAUAAAUGCUUCAAACAAAUAGAGGGCACCGUUCUCCCUGAACAAGCAGGGUUGAUGCUGUCAGCCAGUCUAGUGAUGACAGACAGUGGAAUCAAAACAUGAGUGAUAAAUACUGAUGUUGUAAAAUGCUUCGUAAUGCACCUUUAACAGAACAGGAUUUUGAGCAAUGCAAAAAAAAAACAGAGAAGUGGAGCUGCUGCGCCCAGUUUGCUGAAGCUGUUUUGAGCGAUUUCGCACUUGCUUU